AGAGCCGAAGAUUUCGGCUCGGUCAUGUGAUCAGCUGUGUCCAAUCACAGCUGAUCUCAUGGGACAUGUACACUGAUCAUCAGGGCACUGAUCAUCAGUGUGCCCUGAUGAUCAGUGUAGCCCCAGCAGUGCCACCUGUCAGUGUCCAUCAAUGCCAGCUGUCAGUGCUCAUCAGUGCUACGUCAAUUCCACAUAUCAGUGCCUACCAGUGCACAUCAAUGCCACAUAUCCGUGCUCAUCUGAGCUGCCUUUCAGUGUCACCUGUCAGUGCCACCUAUCAAUGCCAGUCAGUGCCACCUAUUAGUGCUGCCAAUCCGUGCCACCUCUCAGUGCCAGUCAAUGCCGCUUAUCAGUGCCACCUAACAGUGCCAGUCAGUUCCACCUAACAGUGCCAGUCAGUUCUGCCUAUCAGUGUCAGUCAGUG